CCGCCCCGUCGCGCGCACACUCAUGCCGCAGGGUAGCGGCGCGCGCCCUGAGGGGUGCUCGGAGAGCCGGGGACGGGAGUCUCCUUCCGCGCGGAGGCCACAGCACAGCUGGCUGCCGUGGGGCCACUCCCCGGCGGACCGUCUCCACGGAGGCGACCGUUCGUCCAGCGCGCACUUCCCCGAGAGCGCGUGCGGGCACGCGUGCGGUCGCGCCCCCCAUUCCCCGCCCGCAACGUCUGCGCCCCGCCCCACGCCGCUGCGGCCCCGCCCCGUCGCCGCGCCCCGCCCCCGCGGCCCAUCCGGCCGGCUGAGCUCCGCGGCCGCGCCUUCCAGGUCGCCGGCCUUCUCUCUUGCGGUGUCUGCUGCCGUCUCGGGCGUGCUUCCCUCCGGCCGCGCGGCCUGCGUACUCCGGGCGUCCCCGCCGGCUCCCUUUGCUCCCGUGCGCUGUGUUUCCCGCCUCCUUCGUGUUCCUUCAGGUGGUGUUGAGGCCGGUGUGACACACGUGGGUCACCUGGAAACCCGCCGGGCGCAGGGCGGAGGCUCGUGUCCCCGCUGCUGGCGGGCCGCGCGGCCCCGUCGGACCUCAGGAUCUCAGACCUGCACUGCCAGCUGCCAGACAUUCUCUGAUUUUUCGGUUGUCCGAAUCUCAAAAUCAUGAAUGUUCUGGGAAUAGUCCGAAGAGAAAAGGCUGAAGAAGAUUGGAGAGGUAAUUAGAGGUACAAGUGGAUGAUAGGAUGCAUUUUGUUGCUCUACUUAGUUGCACGGCGAAGGACUUGGGUGUGCUUAGGAUGAACAUGGGUGUGCUCUGUUCUCUCCUUUCCUUAAGAAAGAAGCUGUCACGUGUGCUGUGUUGAGGAGAUGCAUCUGUGAAUGCUGUGACAAGACCAGAAGGGUGGUGGUGCCUGUGUGCCUCAGCGGGGAGGGGCACCUGGGUGGUAACCGUUUCCGGAAAGGGGACUCUUACAUAGUAUCUGGUCCUUGUAAGAGACAGCGCAGGGACGGUGUCCAAAGACCAGAAUUGGCAGCUGCAGUUGUCUGCUUGUUGAGGAUGAGGUCCUCCCAAUAUUACACUGGAGAUAAGUUGAUAAUGGGAAUGUACAAAUUCUUUGUACGUCCUGCCCACAGGGUUAGAGUUUGUCUAUUUGCAUAGUUUCUGAGCACAAGGCGCCCGGGCAGGGUCAGAAUGGCUCUUGGUUCAGUGUCCUACUCUGCACACACUCGGUAUCUUGAUGCUUUCACGUUUCUCCUUGGUUAUCUACAGGAUAUUUCCAGUCCUACUCAGUGCAUAUCCUGUUCCUGCCUCUCUUCACCCAGCCCCUGACCCUGAAAGUAAACCUAGGGAGCAGAAAUUAGUGGCCCAGAGUUCAUCUUCUUCAAUUUAGCCCUCAGUUUUAACUGGUGCCAAAACCUUUCCUUCAAUUUAUUUCUCUUAAUCUUUAGUAUUGCCUUUAGCUUUCUGCUAAUGCUUCUAGAUUUAUUACCAGUUUCUAUUCCAAACUUGUUUCCACCCAAGUCAUUCUUUUUUCAAAUAAUUCAAAGUCCUUUACUGUAUUUUGUAACAUGGGAGGUUGAGCGAUUGUUGGGAAAUUUUCAGUCUCUCCUAGUUUCACAGCAGCCAUUGCUGUAAAGACUCAGGUAUACUAGUGGGACUUCUAAAAUAUUUUCUUUCCUAAGAAUUAUACUAGAGUUUUCUUUUGUUUUUAAUAAAGCAAUGAAAAGGAGCUUAGGAUGAGUUAUUUCAAUUCUUCUGGCAAAAUGCACUUAAAUACUUUUACGUCUAUGUCAAGAGGCAGGAUGAUCACACCGCUCCUGUUUUCAUUAAAUGGUGGUGGGGAAACAUUAAUGAAAACACCUCCUGCACUGGAGAAAUGGGGAGGAAUCAUCUUAUUUCACGUUUCUGUCUAUAAUGUAAGUCAUGGGUAUAACAAAAGGGCUCCUUUAAAAACUUGUUUUCUGAAUAGAAAAUGGAACAAAUUUAUUCUUUGUUGUUGAACAAUUUAUCCCUUUGGUGAAGAAGAUCCUCUUGUUAUGGUCUAAUAACUGACAUGAAAAGAAUGUCCAUGUGGGCUCUGCUGCGACCGCCGUGUACCAGACACUUAGAAAAAGUCUUGCCAAAUCAAUCUGCUUGUUCAUCAUGUCAGAGGAGUUUGAUUGGGCAAUAUGAACCCUAUUCUGACAUUUGUGUUUUUUAUGUCCUCAUUGAAAGUUUUGGAAGGUGUGUAAAAGCAUUACAAAUAUCUUUUGUUGGUUAUUAGUACCAACUCUUAAAUAACCUGGGAGUUAAAUGUUUGCUGGUUUCUAACCACUGCUGCUAAAGUGCAACCUGUCAAAAAAUUGAGUUGGUUGAUGCUCUGAUAUGUUCACUACAAAGGAGGCUGUUUCCUGGUUGAAACCCCACAGGUUUUUUAAAUUAAUAGGCUUUAUUUAUUUAGGACAAUUUACAGAUAAAUUAAGCAGAUGGUGUAGGGAGUUCCUGUCCCAUGUGGUCGACACUGCCCUGAUACCACGAUUAGAGGAUAUAAGAAAGGAAGACUGCAAACAAGCAUCCCUCAGGAACAUAGAUGCGUUUUCCUUAACAGAAUAUUGCAAAUAGAAGUCCAGUGUAUAAAAAGAAUUACAUGCCAUGACCAAGUGGGACUUAUGCCAGUAUUUAAAGCUUAUUCAAAAUUCAAAAACCAAUCAAUGUAAUCCAUCAUAUCAGCAGGCUAAAGAAGAAAAAAAUCAUAUGGUCCUAUCAAUAUCUGCCGAAAAGGCAUUUGAGAAAAUUAAACAGCCAUUCCAAUAAGAACUCUCAGCACACUAGAAACCGAGAACUCUCUCAACUUGAUGGAAAACACUACAAAAAUCGACAGCUAGUAUCAUACUUAAUGGUAUGAUACCAAAAACCAGAUGCUUUGCCCCUUUGUUCAGAAGCAAUGCACAAAUGUUCCUUCUCAGCACGCCUGUCCGGUGUCACAGUGGAAGUCCUAGCUGACACGGUAGUACAAGAAAAAGAGUGAAAGUGUACAGAUUGGGAAGAAAUAGAACUGCCUUUGUUCACAGAUGACAUGAUUGUCUAUGUAGAAAAUCCAGCAGAACUGGCAAAAAAAAUUCUGAAUCAGUAAGCAGUUAUGACAACAGCAGGAUACAAAAGCCAGUCACUUUCCUAUAUACCAGCAAUGAGCAAGUGGAAUUUGGAAUUAAAAAUAGAAUAUCAGUGCAUUAGCACCAAAGAAGAGAGAAAUACUUCGGUAUAAAUCUAAUAAAAUAUGUAGAAGAUUUAUAUGAGGAAAUCUACAAAAUUGUUGAAAGAAGCCAGAGAAGAUAUAAAUAAAUAGAUACUCCAUGUCUCUGUGUAGGAAGGCUCAGUAUGUUUAAGAGGUCGAUUCUUCCCCACUUGUUCUAUAGAUUCAAUAUAGCCAGCAAGUUGUCUUGUGGAUAUUUAUAAACUGAUUCUAAGCUUUUUUUUUUCUUUGCUUUUUUUUAAGGAAUCUUCUCUUCUUUUUCUGCCGUCUGUGGUUUUAACUGAGCAUUUUAUAUGAUUUUAUUUUUCUUCUUUCUUAGUAUAUCAAUUAUACUUAAAAAAAUUAUUUUAGUGGCUGCCCAAGAGUUUACCAUACUCAUUAAAAACGCUUGAAUCCAUUUCCAAGUAAUGCAGUGCUGCUUCACGGGCGGCGCAGGGGCUUGGUAAGUGUCCCAGCCCCUCCCUGCCACCCACCUCAGUUACCCGUGAGCUGUAAACACCAGUAUAUCACUGCUUUUUAUUAUUUUGAACAAGUGGUAGUCCGUUAGAUCAGAACCUGUAUCACUUACCUUUUUUCUGAAGAACUUUUAACAUUUCCAGUAAGGCAAGGUCUCCUGGCAGCAGAUUCCUUUAGCUUUUGUCUGAAAAAGUCUUUGUUUCUCCUUCACUUAAAACACUUGUUUAGGUAACAUUCACAUAGCAUAAAAUGAAUCAUUUUAAAGUGAGCAGUUCAGUGGUAUUGGAUGUAGUCAUAAUGCUGUGCAACCAUCGCUUCCACCUAGUCCUGCAUUUCUACAGCUCCGUGUAGAAAAUAAAGUCCUGCGCCUGUUAGGCAGGUGCUCCCUGCUCCUUCUUCCCGCAGUCCCUGGCUCCCGCCAGUCUACAUUCUGUUCCUAUAGAUUUAUCUAUUCUGGAUAUUUUAUAUAAACAGAAUCUUGCAUUGUGUAGCAUUUUGU